UACUGAUAGGUUAUCAGCAGAGAGCGGUACCAUUCAGGUGUGUGUCGUACAAGUAUCUCGGGAAUGACACAGUGUAUUCUAUAUCUUCUCCUCUUACUAUGUUAUGCAGAGGCUGCUCCUCUUAUUUCAAGCCCCUGGGGUAAGAUUCAAGGAGUCACCCAAACCUCACCGACCGGUAAGACGUACAACGCCUAUUAUGCCAUACCAUAUGCUCUCCCUCCAACUGGAAAACUUCGGUUCCGACCGCCGAGUCCACAUCCAGGUGUUACAGAAGUCUGGCAGGCCACACAGUAUGGCCCGGUUUGUAGUCAGCAAGGUUUUGGCCUCGGCAUUUUGACUAUUCCUUCGAGCGAGGACUGUCUGACGUUAGGCGUCCAUGUACCAACACCCGGAGGUUCUGGAAAGUCUGUUAUGGUUUGGAUCCAUGGUGGAUCGUUUAAGACAGGCGGUGCUCCACUGUAUGAACCGUGGAAGCUGGUGACAGAGGAGGACGUCAUCGUUGUGGUUGUCCAGUACAGACUGGGUGUGUUUGGAUUCCUCUCCACAGGCAACGCUGAAGCUCCGGGUAACUUUGGGUUACUGGACCAGGUUCUGGCAUUGGAAUGGGUUCAGAAAAAUAUUGGAUCAUUUGGAGGAGAUCCUGACAGUGUCACCAUUGUCGGGGAAUCUGCGGGGUCAGCUAGCGUGUCUCUCCAUACCCUGUCUCCUGUGUCCAAGGGACUGUUCAAAAGAGCUAUAAUGCAGAGUGGAGCUGCCACAGCAUAUUGGGCGAAUGACAAAAAAUAUAGAGAGAAGCUUGACCAAAUUUCCUCAGCCGUGAAUUGUUCUGGGAUGGCGACAGACAAGCAGACCGUUGCCUGUCUAAGAGGCCUACCUGCUGGUGUUCUUCUCAAAGCGACGGAUCCCAUGGACUCGGGGCCUGUUGUUGAUGGAAAUUUCAUGCGAGGAGAUCCUGCUACCUUGAUCCAGAACGUAACGUACCUCACAGAUCUUGGGUUUUAUGACAUGGACGCAUUGGUUGGUGUCAAUAACAACGAGGGCGGGCUACUGCUUGAGAACGCUAGAUCUUCUGAUGCUCGUGAUAACACGUCCACUGCUGAAACACUGAAUUCCACAUACGUCUAUGACAAAACACUCAUUCCCAACAUCUUAAAGUCAACUUAUGGACAGUAUGACGCCAUUUUGGCUGCCGUCAUAUCAUACGAGUACACGUCACCGCGAACAGAGAACCAGAAAACCCUCGAUAUCAAUGAUGUUCUCCACACUUACGGUGAUGUCUCAUUCGUCGCCCCUGCAGUCGCGUAUGCCCGGCGACACUCCGACAACAGAAAACAUGGCGGGAGGGGCAAAACCUAUUUCUACUAUUUCAAUCAUUACCCAUCAUUCUCUGCAGGAAGUGGCACACAGGGAAUGUACCAUGCAUUCGACCUUCCAUAUAUGUUUGGCCUCAGUUCAACAUCAGUAUCCCUCUUCGGACUUUUCGGACCCAUCACAAAGGAUGAACAGACCCUGUCAAACACAUUUGUAAACUUCCUGACGGCGUUUGCUAAAACCGGAAAUCCCAGUUCAGCCGUGCAGCUUCCCCUGGGUGGUACAUGGAAACAGUUUGACGUCCAGGAUGAAGCCUACAUCUCCUUCACCACCAACAUGACCCUGGAGCAUCACCUGCAGGCUAAACGUGUCUCCUUCUGGCUCCAUCUGAUGCCGGAGCUCUUCCAGCUCGAGCGGGCUAAACUCACGGCUCCAGGCAUCGGACACCAAGGCACAGACAUGCUGGUGGGGUGACUGUAACCAUUCAAUAAUGAAACCGCUGAAUGACUUCAUGCCGUGUAGGUUUGUUAAUGAUCAAUUUAUAUCCAAAUCAGCAUCUUGUAGUUCACGAGGAACUGUAUUAAAAUUAUAACGAAG